UCACGUCACACUUGAAAAAAAAAAAAAAGGUACGAAACAAAGAUGUCAAACUUGUCUCGCAGUGAAGGGACAGAAAAAAAUAGGAAAUAUUAUAAUCUGGAAUAUUUUUAGACGUACAUGUUUGAAGUAAAUUUUAAUUUUGGGGUAUGUUUUUGGACGCUUAAGAAGUUUGGUUUCGUUAGCCCUCGAGCCAAGUUUACACAGGAAUAAUUGAAGACGCAGCGGUCAUUUGGCGCUUUUUAACACGGGUUUAUUUAGCAUUUUAGCUCAGGGUUUGAGCAGGAACCGGUUCCAGGGACAGUAAGCAGGUUUGGGCUUUACUGAUUCAUCUUAUUCUGAGGUAAAAAAAAAAAAAAAAAAAGAAGAUAAUCACCGGCACAGGCAGAGCGAGCGGUUCUGACCAGACAUCAUCGGCGCGUGACGCUUGGUUUCCUUCCCUAAGCUGAGUAAACACUGUUAAAGUUUUCUGUUUGGUUUACCUCCUGUGGAGCCUUUGUUUUUUUUAAAGAAAAAUGGCAGCUACUAAACCGAAAGCGCCGAACUCUCUGGCCCUCCACAAAGUGAUCAUGGUGGGCAGCGGUGGAGUGGGCAAAUCCGCACUGACGCUCCAGUUCAUGUACGACGAGUUUGUAGAAGACUACGAGCCCACCAAAGCCGACAGCUACAGGAAGAAGGUGGUGCUGGAUGGAGAGGAGGUGCAGAUUGAUAUUCUGGACACAGCAGGACAGGAAGACUACGCUGCCAUUCGGGAUAACUACUUCCGAAGCGGAGAGGGUUUUCUCUGUGUCUUCUCCAUCACUGAAUCUGAGUCCUUCGCUGCUACUGCAGACUUCAGAGAUCAAAUCAUUAGAGUUAAGGAGGAUGAGAACGUGCCCUUCCUGUUGGUCGGAAACAAGUCCGACUUGGAGGACCGGAGGCAGGUGGGUGCGGAGGAGGCCAAAGCUCGAGCAGAUCAGUGGGGCGUCAGCUACGUGGAGACUUCCGCCAAGACCCGGGCCAAUGUGGACAAGGUGUUUUUCGACCUCAUGCGUGGAAUCCGAGCCAGGAAAAUGGAGGAAGGCAAAGAGAACGGGAAAGACAAAAGGAAGAGCUUAAUCAAGAGGAUUCGGGAAAGAUGUUGUAUUUUAUAAUGACUGGUUUUAUUUUUUUGUUUCCGCUGUGGUGUCAUGUCCUUCUAUUUUCAAUGUCUGUCUAAUUACAGCUCAUAUUCUUUGGUGUAAAAACGGGACAGAAAGGCAGGUAUGUACACGUGUACAAGUCUUGAUGAUCGCAAAACAUUUCAUUAUUUAAAUGUAAAUAGGUUGAGUCAUAUUACACUACAAUGAGUUUUUUUCAUCAGUCACACGGCAGACCCAGUACUACAAUGGAAAAAAAUAAACAAACAAACAGCGAGGCUACUUUCACACUUGGUAUGUUUUGUGUACUUCUGUAGGAAAUGAAUGCAAGGCAGACGCUUUAAAAAGAAAAAAAAAAACAGCCCAGUCUGAAUGCUUGAAAAUCGUUUUCCCGAUUGUGCAGAGUGAUGCAAAGACGCAUUUUUACUUUCUAACCAAUCAGGUCACAAGCUAGAAGGUGAGCAAAUAGUGAAUAGAGGUAACAGAAUUAAGUUCUCUUGAUUUUAAGGGCACAAGCAUCAGCAAGAUGAUGUCAUAGCUAUUAUGUCGUCGUCAUUGCUAUGAUAGUGCCGAUGUCUGAAAGUGCUGAUGUCAUCCUCCUGAUUUCUGGGUUCCGUUCUUCGUACGUCGCUAACUCAGUUAGCUGGAUUUAAUUGUUGUGGAUUUGUCCUGAUCUUGGAUUGUUUCGUUCUUCAAUGCGCCUUUAGCAUUUGUUGUCAUAGUAACAUAUCCGUAAGCUUGAACCUGCUCGGGAGCAGGUUUAUUUUAUGUAAACAGGAUUUAGCCUGCGCUCCUGGUGGGUUAUGAUUGGUUAAAAUGGCGAGGUCACAUCUGAUUGGUUAAAGAGCACGACUGAUUCCCCCCCCCCACACACACACACACACAUAACGGCUAUCAAAUAUUAUAUAUAAACAUAAAUUCAUAGGUUUAUUAUUAUCAAAUAUGAUAUUACUAUUAUAAUAAACGUAGGCAUGAGACAGCCGUCAAGACCAUUAAUACAAAUUCUUGUAUAAUGUUUAUUUUGUAACACAUUUAUUUUUCAGGGGUUUGUCAUAAAAAUAUGCAAAUAAUAUUUUAUAUAGAUAUAUAUAUAUAUAUAUAUAUAUAUUAAAAAUAAAUAUUUUAUAAUGAUAAAUUGGACGAAACUAAUUUUAUUGUAAAAUAAACAAUAUAAAAAUAUACAUGUUGUAUUUGAAAAAUAUUAAUAUUUCUAUUUUUUUAUAUACAACAUUUAUUUUCAUAUUGCUUAUUUUAUUUUCUCAUGUAAUUUAACCAUUAACCUAUGCAUUUAUGUUCUAAUAUAAUAUUUGAUAGCGAUUAUGUAGGGGGGGGCAAUCCAUGGCAGGGGGGCAUUUCAGGGCAUAACACGUGUUACAAAAAAAGUUGAGCCGCUUUUUUUCCUUUUCGUCAACCAAUCAAAGCACUGUGAUCAGUGUUUCUACUGUCAUUGCAUAUCGCCUUUUAAACCACUGCACGAGCGCGCAAUAAUCCUAGACAACUCAAUCCAGAUAUACUAAUCAUAAACAUGUGAGCUCGAAGAACCGACUUAGCCAGAUCGUAAUUAGCACGAUGUUCCCAUCUUAGAUGUGUCAAUUCAUCUCGGAUGUGUCAAGCGACGUACGAAGAACAGACCCCAGAUGUCUUGUGUGUGAAGGGCCCUCUUGUUUUUCUAUGAAUUGUCGCCCCCUCAAGUCUCAGGCGGUGCAAAGAUUUCUUUCAUAAAUAAACAAUUUGAACAUAAAAGUCUGCUAUAAAGAGAAUUAAACAGUAAAUCACUUAAAAUGAAGAUUUCAUGCGACAAAUGUUUGUGCUUUAAAAAAGUACAAACGUGGAACAUGUCCAGUUUAAUAAAGAAUUUAUGUGGUGAGUUUUACUGAGCAGCUUGAAGAGAUUUCCAUGACUUUUACUGUCCAACUCACAUCUGUUUUUUUUUUUUUUUUUUGGUCUGAAAAAAGUGGGGCUUUAUGGAAUAUUUUACUUUAACUGACAUCCAAGAAAGAGAAAAAAUAUGUAGUAAACAAUUUCUUUCUUGAAAAAAAAUUGUAAAGAAAAAGAAUUACCGACUUGAUCAUGCAGAAAAUAAAUGUCUAAGAAAGUUUUUAUAUUUAAAAAAAAAAGGUGACUUUUGCACAGUGCUGUAUGAACCAUCAGACAUUAAUAAACCUUUCCUAAUAAACAUGCAGCGAAUAUCAGCGUGACAGAAAUUUACGUAUUACUGAGAAAAUAUGGUGACUGAUGUAUUUAAAUUAUUCAGUCUUUUUUUUUUCAUUGUGAUGCUUUAAUCAGUUCAUAUUUUCAUGUGUAUUCGAUUUCUGUUCCAUAAAAGGAAGGAAGAAAGGAAAUUGUGGUUUUCUUUUUAAUUCAAAAAUGUAGUGCAGGCCGCGAGUCGUACCACAUAAGCUUAUAGUGAAUUAUCGAACCUUGGUCCUUUUUUCUUCUCGUAACCUCCGGAACAGACCGAUCUGUAUAACGUCCUGUGGGUUUUGUCAUAACGCCAUGUGCAGCUCCAUCUCUGUUUGAAGUCUGAAUAAUUUUGACGAUCAUUUCCUGCUAACUGCGAUUCAAUAACAUUGGAACUCGUGUGUUUUGACAUUUUUCUAUAAUAAUAAUAACUAACUUCACUCUGUGAUUAAUGGUACACAGGGGUAAUGACGCUAAAACACAACAUGCUCUGCUGAAGCCCCCAGGUACUUUUUGUUCUACUUUAUGUUAAUUAAUGCAGCUGUCUAACUCAGAGCCAAAAAAAAAUUAAAUACAAGAGAUUUUAUUAUAA